UGGAAAAGCAGGAUCAUUUCAAAAACAGGUUGGAAAGAGUUCCCUCUCCAACUCACACACGCAAAACCUGAGGACAUUUACGCACCGGUCUACGGCUAUAAGAACGACAUGGAACCGACCCGGGGCAAACUUUCAGCGAACCACGGCUCCGCGCGCUCCUUUGCCCCGCUCUGAGCUGCUCCACACUCGGCGCUUCCACUCCCGUCGCUGCCCGGCCAUGGCGCGCUGUUAGGACGCGGUAAUAACAGUGUGGCACAGCGAGAGCCGGCUCGACAGGAUGAAGUCGUCCUUGGCUCCUGGGAUCCGGCUCGUCACGUCUCUGUCCCGGGACACUUGGUACCGCAGCUUCACCCUCGUACUCACCUUCUUGUUCUACACGGCCUACCACCUGUCCAGGAAGCCAAUCAGCAUUGUCAAGAGUGAGCUCCACAGAAACUGCUCCACUGUCAUCCGUCCGGCCGACGUCAACAUCACAGACAAUGUCACCUGGUGCGACUGGGCCCCGUUCGACCAGAAUAACUACAAGACCCUGUUUGGAGUGCUGGACAACUGCUUCCUGGUAGCAUAUGCAGUGGGCAUGUUCUUCAGUGGUAUUUUCGGUGAGCGUCUGCCCCUGCGGCUCUACCUCACUGUGGGCAUGCUCCUUAGUGGACUCUUCACAGCCCUGUUUGGACUGGGGUUCUACUGGAACAUCCACUCUCUCACCUACUACGCCUUCAUACAGGUGAUGAAUGGCCUGGUGCAAACCACUGGCUGGCCUGCGGUCGUGGCCUGUAUGGGGAACUGGUUUGGAAAGGGGAAACGCGGCUUCAUCAUGGGCGUGUGGAACUCGCACACAUCUGUGGGCAAUAUCCUGGGCUCUCUGAUUGCAGGGGCCUUUGUGUCCUCUUCCUGGGGCCUAUCUUUCAUCGUCCCAGGAGCCAUCAUCACUGGGACAGGCCUGCUCUGCUUUUUCUUCUUGGUGGACAAACCUGAGGAUGUAGGCUGCUCCACCCCAAUGCAGGAAACUGACGGCUCAGCGGUGGUGGAAGUGUCAGAGGACAGCGAGGCCAUCAGUUUUUGUGGAGCUCUAAGGAUCCCGGGUGUGUUGGAGUUUUCCUUCUGCCUGCUCUUUGCCAAACUAGUCAGUUACACAUUCCUCUUCUGGCUGCCGCUGUACAUCUCCAACGUGGCACAUUUUGAUGCCAAAGAAGCUGGAGACAUGUCCACUCUGUUUGACGUGGGAGGGAUUGUAGGGGGGAUCCUGGCUGGCCUGAUCUCAGACUACACUGGGGCUCGAGCUUCCACCUGCUGGGUCAUGUUGAUCACUGCAGCGCCCAUGCUGUUUCUCUACAACAGUAUCGGGCAGCAGAGCCUGGGCAUGUCUGUGGGGAUGCUGCUGCUUUGUGGGGCCCUGGUCAACGGCCCCUAUGCCCUCAUCACCACAGCUGUAUCUGCUGACCUGGGGACUCAUGAGAGCCUGAGAGGAAACUCCAGGGCCCUGUCAACGGUCACAGCCAUAAUCGACGGGACCGGCUCUGUGGGAGCUGCACUGGGCCCCCUACUGGCUGGCAUCAUCUCGCCCAGUGGCUGGAACAACGUCUUCUACAUGCUCAUCAGUGCCGAUGUGCUUGCAUGUUUGCUCCUGUCCCGCCUCGUCUACAAAGAGCUCUUGAACUGCUGUGGGCGCCGUCAAGGAUUCACAGAGAUCUGAAUCAACUGGGGGGACAUACCAGCCACAACCACUCAGGAUGUUUCAUAUUUCAUCACAAAUCAUUUUAAUAUUUAUAUCAGUAUUUUAAUUUACACAUUUAACCUGUACUUGAAAUGACCUGUCUGUCUUAAUUUUGUAUUUUUUAAAGAGAGCUGUAGUCGUCACAGCAACCCCAUGUUCAUUUGACUGUUCGAAACUAUAAAUCGUAAAUAUAGCCUAGCCUAGCACUGAAGCUGGCUCGACUCAGCUUUAGCAACCAUUAUCGUACACAUAAUUAGGCAUGGAAUGACACUGAAAUUUGGUGUCAUGACUAUCAUGGCCAAAAUAACUGUGAAUAACAAUUAAAGUUUCUGAAAGUUUAAAAAGUUUUGUGGAUAUGAUAGAUUAUAAUUUGCAUAGGUUCCAUAUUUAAACCACUGUUAGAGUAAUGUACUUUCUAUUAAGUGAAAACAAGGAUCUAGAAGAGACCAUGAUAGCUUUUUUCUGCACAUUCUGGUGAUAUAAUGGUGAUCAUUUUUGCUGGCAAUUAUCAUGAUUAUACAAAAUGUCCCAUGAAUGAUGAUUGUCUACCCUUUUUAUCACGAUAAACAAUAUUAUAAUAUUAUAUAAUAUUAUUUAUUGUAUAAUAUUAUAUAAUAUUGUUUAUUGUCCCAUCCCUACACAUAAUGACUAAAUACUGUACAUGUGUAACUACUCAACAUGUUUAUGCUAAUGGUUGCUAAAGCUAACUACUGUCAUACUGUCAUCAAGUGUUUACAAUGUAACAUCAUGGCCGCCCGCAGUGUUGGGAAGUAGGCUGAAUGCUAAUACUGCCUUCAUGUCCCAUGGACAAGAUCAACAUUUACACUAGUGAAUUGAUAAGUACGAGUGCAUAUUGUUCAAGUGCCUUUGUGUUGGUACUGAAAUGAAACACACUUUUUGUAGACAAAUAUACGUGCAUACAGUGUAAGCAAGUAAAUUCAUGUAAGACAGUAGCCUACAGAUCGCUCAGUGUCAGAUACUACUCAGUACCAAAACUAGUAUUGAAACUAGAUAUUCAUUUCGGCAAGUAUCGAAGUCACAUUCACAGAACAGAAAUAAACCUUUCCUGUAUAGCUUUAGAAUGAUCUUUAGCUGUAUCAGACCAAGUAUAACACACAUAGACUAGUGUACACUCAUGGACCACAUGGCCUUUUAAUGUUGAAAAUCAGAUUCUAUUGUCUAAAUAGUGUUUUUUAUUAUCACCGUAGUGUCGAAAUUGAGCUUGAAUUUUAGUGUUGUGACAACACUCCUUCCCAACACUGGCUGCAGGUUACCACCAUUUAAUGUUGUUUUGUGUAUGAACAAGGAAAUAAUGGGUAUUAAAAUUAUCUCUACUUUACUAAAAGCUUCCGUAUGUUACCUCUGGUAGGAGAGUGGGUAUUGAUUUAAAUUUGUAUACUGACUAUUAUUAUUAAGGGCACUGUACCUGAUUUUUACUGUCUUAAAAUGUGAAAAACAGAACUAGUAUUGGUCCAGUUAUUCCUCACUUACCUUAUGCAUUCUGAGUGCCCUAAUUAUUCACCACGAUGAGUUUAUAAGCUCUUAGAGACCAGUGUAAAGCUAAGAACAACUAGCGUGCUAAAGCGCACUUCCUGACCAGACAAUAAAAUGUUUUAUAAUUAGCAUGCAGCUGACUUAUUUUGACCUCUGGAGCUGCUUAUACAGUAUAUCUGUACUGGAGCACACAUUUUGCUCAAAUACAUGGGAAAAAUGGGUGCAGGACCAUGUCUGUAUAAGAGCACAAAAACAAAUUCAAUAACAGAAUUUCAUUGGUUUAAAAUUCAACCAAUCAACAAUAUAUUGAAAACCAGUCUAAUACAUCAGGCCCAAAGAGUCAACUCAUUGAAAUUACCUUAAUGAAGCUCUGAAGUCAUUCUAGCCGUUGCAAUGUGGUCUAA